AUGGAAAAUGGCGAUUAUCAAGAGAUAUCCGUGAAAAAGGUAGUGAACCGUCUCAACCACCGAGCACCGUUCGAUAGAUUUGGCCAAGGCUUGGACAAGGUUGGCCAAGGCUUGGACAAAGUUGGCCAAAUUGUUGGCCGGUUGGAGCCAAAUUUAUUAGACCGAAUCACGUUUGAGAGCGAGCGAUUAAAAGGGAGCCAGAGUGAGUCGUCGUCUAGACGGAAUAGUGAUGAUGGAGGGAGGGCUAAGAAGGAGGGAUUUAGACAAGNCGGUACCAGCUCAGAGCCGCCAACAGCCUGUAUCACUAGCCACAACGCGUGGAAUGAUUUCGCAAGUUCCACAUCCACUACCAGAACGGAACUCAGCCUGUCUGAUACUGCUGUUGAUGAUCAGAUACCAAGGCGACGAAGUCACGACCUCACCCUCCCCGGGACCCCCCUCCACAGCCGAGUGCCCUGGAAGUCAGCUGAUAGUCUUGCGUCUGAUACCGCUUUCGGCACUUCUCUGGCUAAUAUCAUCGAAAGUCCGGUUAAUAAGAGCGUGCCUUUCUUAGAGCCAAGCGGAAAAAAGGUCUGUCUUCGUGACGACUUACACUCAAGGGACAGUUCAGAAGAGAGGCGGCGCCGGGGCUGGAGACUAGUUAGAAACGUGACGUCAGCCGCGAGUGCUUUCAUACCUAAAUUCAGGGACACUAUGCCUGGAACACCUUUGCCCAAUAACCAGGCCAUACAAGAGAAUAAGGAUCCUGAAACACAGGAUGAUAGGAAACCCUCAAUUCCUACUUAUCCAAAUGAGAAGGAAGAUGUUGGAGAAACUAGUCUCGAAGGUUUAGCUCCAGAUUCCCUGAUGUUUCGUGAUGGCAGGCGGCGAGUGGACAUGGUACUAGCGUAUGAGGAAGAAGACUACGGCGUUAUGACCGAAGCUGAGGCGAGGAAACGCGACCAUAGACGAACAUUUCAGGAAAACCUCAUAAAAGAGGGGCUGGAGCUUGAAUUGGAAAACAAAUGUCUCUCCUUCGAUGGAAAGACAUGGUUUCUGAAAAUCCACAUUCCAUGGAAGACUGAGAUGAGAUUAGCCGAAGUGAUCGGCAUGAAGUUGCCAACUAAGCGGUUCAUCACUAUAUCGGUUAGAGCUUGGAGCGACGAAAAACAAGCGGAGAAGGAUAAGAAAUUCUACACAAAAUGGCGCCGAAAAUGGAAGCAGUUAUAUGAAUAUGACCACAGCAGGAUCGAACCUGAACCGUCGUUUUUCACAGCCACUGAACGGCCGGGUGUUAGAAGAGAAGAACAAUUUCUAGUCAAGGACCGGCACACCCAAUUCUCACCAGCACAGCGGAGUUUGCUUGUCAUGCAAAUUUUAUUAAGAGCUCGAUAUGACAAUAACGAAACUAAGAUGGGAAUUCGUAGAUUGCUCAAUGACGGAACGUAUCUAGCGUGUUUUCCACUUCAUGAGGGUAGAUAUGGUACAGACAGUGCAGAUAAAACACAGACAGACCGACGGUUGCUAUAUUUAGAAUGGGCCCGACCCUGCAAAUGGUAUAAAAAACAACCUCUAUGGCUUGUGAGAAGGUACUUCGGUGAGAAAAUAGCUUUGUAUUUUUGCUGGCUUGGUUUUUAUACGAAAAUGCUUUAUGCGCCCGCCAUUGUGGGUAGCUUGUGUUUCUUGUAUGGUCUGGCCAGCAUGGAUUCCGGAGACAAUAUACCGAGUAGAGAAAUAUGCGAUGGAAAGGGCCCGGGUAACAUAACUCUGUGCCCACUGUGCGACAAAGCUUGUCAAUACCAACGUCUGUCUGACUCGUGUCUCUUCGCCAAACUUAGUUAUCUCUUCGAUAAUCCCGCUACUGUAUUCUUCGCUAUUUUCAUGUCUUUCUGGGCGACUACAUUUCUGGAGUUAUGGAAACGAAAGCAAUCUGUAUUGAGGUGGGAAUGGGAUCUGGGUGGUGUUGAUCAAGACGAAGACCUCCGUCCCGAGUUCGAGACCUCGGUGAAGACUUUCCGCACGAACCCAGUGACGAGGGAAAAGGAACCCUUCCUGCCGCCCUGGCAGAAGACCAUGAGAUACGUGGCCACCAGUUCGGCUGUUCUUUUUAUGAUAGUUGUCGUGAUGGGUGCUGUGUUAGGAACAAUAAUCUAUAGGAUAUCUAUGGUGUCCGUUAUUUAUGGCGGGAGUGGUUUCUUUCUAAAGAAACACGCCAAAAUUUUCACCGCCAUGACAGCUGCCUUAAUCAAUUUGAUUAUUAUCAUGAUACUGACUAGAAUUUACGCCAAAAUAGCAUUAUAUUUGACAAACAUAGAAAAUCCAAGAACGCACACGGAGUACGAAGAUUCAUACACUUUCAAGAUAUUCUUCUUUGAAUUCAUCAAUUUCUACUCAUCCCUUAUCUAUAUUGCCUUCUUUAAGGGCCGUUUCUACGAUUACCCAGGAGAUGAUCAGGCCAGGAAGUCCGAAUUCUUCAAGCUGAAGGGAGACAUUUGUGACCCGGCGGGUUGUCUGUCAGAACUCUGCAUCCAGCUGGCUAUUAUAAUGAUUGGAAAACAAUGCUUCAAUAAUUUCGUGGAGCUUGGCUAUCCCAAACUCCACAACUGGUGGCGCCAAAGAUCCCACAGGGCCGUAACUAGGGACCCUAGCAAGCCCCACAUGGCGUGGGAGCAGGACUACCAUUUACAGGACCCGGGCAGACUCGCGUUGUUCGACGAGUAUCUGGAAAUGAUCCUGCAGUACGGUUUCGUGACACUGUUUGUAGCGGCGUUUCCCCUGGCGCCGCUUUUUGCUCUACUAAACAACAUAGCGGAGAUAAGGUUGGACGCUUACAAGAUGGUCACUCAGGCGAGGAGGCCUCUGGCCGAAAGGGUGGAGGAUAUUGGAGCUUGGUACGGAAUUCUUAGAGGCAUCACAUACGCGGCUGUUGUAUCGAAUGCGUUCGUCAUAGCAUAUACCAGUGACUUCAUUCCAAGAAUGGUGUACAAAUAUGUAUAUUCCCCAGAUUACACACUGUCUGGUUACAUCGAUCAUUCUUUAUCGUUAUUCAACACAUCGGACUACAGAGAGGAUUGGGGGGCUGAUGAGAACGAGGUCGACCCCCCAACGUGCGCGUACAGGGGUUACCGCAACCCCCCGGACCACUCCGACCCCUACGGCCUGUCACCACAUUAUUGGCAUGUGUUCGCUGCUCGGCUGGCCUUUGUAGUUGUUUUUGAGCACGUAGUAUUCGGUCUGACUGGUCUGAUGCAGCUGUUUAUACCAGACGUCCCAACGGAACUCCGCACGCAAAUACAAAGAGAGGCGCUGUUAGCGAAGGAAGCGAAAUACGAACAUGGCAGACGGCGUCUGUCGACUGAAUACAGACAACUUAUAACGCAGAAGAGCGAGAAUGCAGAACGCCAAGGGCCAUGCUUGCGACGGCCUUCCCGCGCUUCUGACGGGCUCGACGCUCACGUAGCUGUCACACAACGGCCAUCUUCGCCACAGAUAACAGAUUAAGAAUGACAGCACAGAUUAUAGAAGCUUUGCAUUAUCUGUAUUGGUGUGUCAAAACUUUUUAGAUGGUCUUGUUUGCAUUUAAUUGUUUCUUGUGAAUAUUUUUAACAAUUGAGUAUAAAUUGUUGUCAGGAAUUAAUUAAUUGAUAGAAUAGGUAUAUGAUAUUAAAUUAUAUUCAUAUAUUUAUGAUAUUAUUUACUGAAUAGAAAAUUUAUAUUCAGGGUUGUUCUAGUCUUGAAAUUAUAGUGAAUAUCAAUAAAAAAUGUAUAUAGAGCUCUCUAUAAUGGAGCAAUAUAUUCAUAUUGGAAAAAUAUAAAAUCGAGAAAACUCAAUCAUGAGGUGGGAUUCGAACCGGCGUCUUUCGCCAUACCGGUGCCAUGCCCUAACUCUUGGCCACCCGUGAUGCAUCCUCAACAAUUUCUAUUCUUUAUUUUCAUGUGCUUAAGGAACACCCCACGCCCUCUAUUGAGAAAAUUAACAACUAUCACAACCAAUAUGAAACAUUAUUUAUGAAGAUAGGAUAAAAUCCUUCUUGAAUUAGCGAGUGGUAGUUGAAGUUGUUUUUUUAAUAUUUAUAAUUUUUCUAAAUGUUAUAAAAAGGUAACAAAAAUAUACUCAUAGUUACUUAUUCAUACUCAUUUAAUCAAAGACAUUUUUUUUUUCUUUUUUCAUUAUAUUUUACUCUGUGGUUCCUAGUACACAUAAUUAUUUUUACAUCGACUAUAUACGAGAAUAAAUAUUCAAUAAUACCACAGAUAACAUAAUACUAUACUAAUAAUAAUACGGUCGAUUAUUGUAAUAAAUACAAUAGUAGAAUUACAUUCAAGGGUUUGCCAGAUAUAACACGUAUUUCCCGCGUAGUACAACCACAGAUAAUAUAUUACUUAUUAAAGUUUCAUUAUAAUGGAUCGUGGAUUACGGAGACAUUGUUAAGUUUUGUUUACUUUAAAACUUCGUACAUUGAAAAUAUAUUGGGUCCAAACUAUAUUAAUGUGAAUGAUUAUUAGUAAAUGUAGAAUUAGGAAUCUUUAAGGGAAUUUCAUUAACUGUUAUUAUAUAGUAAUACUUUUAUAUACACUCAUGAUUUUACCUACAUAUAUUAAAAACACAUAGUUUGUUGUGUUUUUUAAUUAUAGCUGCUUCAAGUAUUUAUCCUAUUUUACAAUUCAGAAAUCGGUGAAUCUCAGUUAAACAAUGCUUUGUUUUAUUUUGACAAGACUAUUUAUGCAUAUUGAUAUUGAAAGAAUUGUGUUAAUCAAUUUAAUUAAGUCUAUAUUGUGUGUUCGUAUUUAAUAUUAUAGGUAUCGUAAUAAUAGGAUCUUAUGAAUUAAUCUAACGUGAUGUCGAAUUUUAAUGUGAUAUUAAUUAAGGAGCACUUUUUAAAUGUUUUUUCAUUUACUACU